AUGCCUCGAGAUAACUCAUCAUUUAAAGAACUCUAUGAAAAGAUAGGACCCUAUAACGAACUUCCGGAUGAUUAUGAACCAUCACAAUCAGAGGCAGGGCUAAGCAACUCCAAUGUUCUUGUCAUAGGCGCAGGUGGAUUGGGUUGCGAAAUAUUGAAGAAUUUAGCCCUCACAGGGUUUAAAAAUAUUCAUGUGAUAGACAUGGAUACCAUAGAUGUUUCAAAUUUGAACCGUCAGUUUCUUUUCCGUGCCAAAGAUGUUGGAAGACCGAAAUCAGAAGUCGCUGCCGAGUUCGUGCGGGCUCGAAUGGGGGAUCCUCUGCUUAAAAUUGAGGCACAUACCUGUCGAAUCCAAGACAAAGACGUCGAAUUUUACAAAAGUUUCAGUGUAAUAAUCUGCGGUCUAGAUAAUAUAGAGGCAAGACGAUGGAUCAAUGCACUUCUAGUUGGAAUUGUGGACGACCAACUCAAUAACUUGAUCCCACUAGUCGAUGGCGGUACAGAAGGCUUUAGAGGCCAGGCUAGAGUCAUCAUGCCCAGGAUCAGCUCGUGCUUUGAAUGUUCCCUCGAUAUGAUAUCCCCGAAGGUUACAUACCCUGUUUGCACGAUUGCGAACACGCCUCGUCUACCAGAACACUGCAUUGAAUGGGCAAGUCAACUAGAAUGGCCUCGACGCUUUCCAGGAAGAAAGUUUGAUGCAGAUUCGCCCGAUGAUGUUGAAAUAAUGUAUCAACUUUCUUUAAGUCGGGCCCUAGAGUUCAACAUAGAGAAUGUGACCAAGCAGCUCACCUUGGGUGUUGUUAAGAACAUCAUUCCAGCGAUUGCAUCCACUAACGCAAUCAUCGCAGCCGCCUGUACUAACGAGGUGUUCAAGAUCGCGGUGGGAACAUACCCAAUCCUUGACAACUAUAUGAUGUACUCGGGUGAUGAUUCUAUUUUUACUUACACAUAUUCUCAUUCGAAGAAGCCGUCAUGUGCUGUUUGUGGAACACAAGUUAAACGAAUUCGUGUUCCCCGUUGGUGGAAACUUCGUCAUCUAAUUGAAGAUCUAGCAGAGAGGCAAGAAAUAGCCUUACAAAAGCCAUCUCUUGCGACAGCCAAUGCGAAUCUCUAUUUGAGACAACCUCCUUUUCUCGAAACUCAGACAAGACCAAACCUUGAGAAGCUCUUAACUGAUCUCGUAGCGGCUAACGAGGAAAUUGUUGUGACAGAUCCCAGUCUUCCCAUUUCUAUUCUGAUAGUAAUAGAUGCAUUCGAGGGAACGCAAGAAGAACCGGAGGAUAUUUCUUCUCUCCUCAGAUCGCAAUAA